UUCACGAAUUUCUUUACUUACGAGAGAUUUACAUCGUCAAGAGUGAAUUCUGUUUAAAACGCCGGUUAAAUCCUCAAAAGACGAAUUAAAUGCUCACCAGUCAGGGUGGAAUGUCCUUCUCAGGGGAGCAGGGACCGAUGGUUUCUCAGGAAUAAUGCAGUUGUAUGAGGAUCCCCAGUCAUGGGGAAAUGGCUCUCAGAGCAUGAGGAAGGUCAGGACUAAUCCGGAUUGUUUGUUUAUGAUCAUCGGUUGGUGGAUUUUAUACACAGUUUAUGACAAGUGCCUUCAUUUACUUCUUCGUCGUAUGCGUUAUGGAGUUAUAAAACGUAGAAGAAUAAUUGAUGCUCUUUGGUGCACCAGUUUUACGCUCCUGAGUGCACUCUACCUAAAAUUAUUCGUGCCUAAAUCUGUUGAUAGUGCUUGUAUUUUGCAAAAACCCAGAUACCUAGACCUGGGGGUGACAUUUCACAAGAGUUUUUAUGUGCACCGAGGGGGAGUGGAAAUUGUUUAUCAUGGGGGGUGGCUGAGAGGAUGGACUACCCUCAUUUUUUGUCUGAUAAUUCACAGUUCAUCACAGCUCAAAUGGUUUGAUAUUGUAAUAAACUUAUUAUUCGUCAAAGCCGCUUCGAUUUCGAUCCUCAACAUCGCCCGGAUCUUAUCAACAAUGAAAACAACAAAAGGAUCAGCUGCUGCUAAAAUAUUGUUGGGGAUUUAUUGGAUAAAUUUAGUUUACAUGCACACACUAGUCGUACCUGAUUUUACUCUCUGGAAUGCAAAGGGCCUUAAGAAUGACAUUCUGACUCUCAUCUGUAUGUGGCUGUGGCUUUCCCUUGAAUUUCUGAAUGAAGUGAGAGAUAUCAGAUUGGGAUAUUUAAACGUUGAUAAUUUUAUAAAUUCAUAUUUAUUCGUUCCACCGUCCCAAGCCUCCGUCCAACUGCGUGAAAUAUGUAAGAAGUUGAGGAAAUCCACGAAUGAGAAAAUACGAGAGGGCUUGGAAAGUAAAAAAAGUGUACAACUGUGGCAAACUUUAUCUUGUGCGAUGGUUCUGAAGAAGAAACUCAGGAGACUCCGGGCGACGGAGGGAAACCUCUCCCCCUCGGCCACGUCCUAACUGCCGUAAAAUUAUCAAUCUCAUCAUCGAAACAUCGAAAUAUUCACGAGAAAUUUAGUCGCACAUUUAAAAAUCCACUGGAAAGUUCGUCCUUAAUUUAUAAACGAAACAUAUGGGCGAUGCCCUGGCAGAAGCUUAUCCUCCUGUUUAAAUACUAACAAUACAUUUCGAUCAUUUUUGCCUCUAAAAAAUGUACGACAUUCUCCGACGAUAAUAUAAUUUUUUAACUAUCACCAUUAGCCGAAAUAAAUUAAUCAUCAAAAUUAAUUAAUAAA